CCCGGACGGAGAUCCCGGUGACACCAGCUGGAUACAUGUGAGUAACGACAUCGUCGUGGAUACGCAGCGAUGCGGCGGCUGUACGUCGGCGGUUUGAGCCACACGGUCACUCAGAAGGACCUGAAGGAUCGAUUUGGAAAGUUUGGAGACGUGGAGGACGUGGAGCUGCGAACCAGGAAGGACGACCAGGGAGUUCCGUAUAAAACCUUCGGCUACAUCAACAUCAACAUCUCGGACGCCGACCUGAAGAAAUGUCUGACGGUGCUGAACAAGUCCAAAUGGAAAGGAGGAACUCUGCAAAUUGAAACAGCCAAGGAGAGUUUCCUGCACAGACUGGCUGAGGAGCGUCAGGCAGCAGCAGAGCAGCUUCUCCAGCAGCCAGCAGCCGACGACCAGAAACAGAAGCUGCUGGACUCGCUGAGCAAAGCCGGCGUGGACAAGUUCAACAUGAAGGCUGCAGUACCGGGGACGGAAAUACCAGGACACAAGGACUGGGUGGUCAGCAAGUUCGGCCGAGUUCUGCCCGUCUUGCAGCUCCGGUGUCAGAAGGGCAGCAGAGCUCGAACCCUGAAGUACGAUCCAUCCAAGUACUGCCACAACAUCCGCCGGCUGGACCGCCAGGACGUAGACGGGUCCACACCGGUGGCCCAGCUCACCUGGCAGGUGCAGGGAGGAGACGACGACAUCAGCAAGAAGAGGCGGGGUGAGUUCCCGCCGUACGAGCCACCACGACGCAAGAAGAGCCGGGCGGACGUGGUCGACUCCCACGAUGCAGCAGGAAGAACCCGUCUGAGAUCAGAGCCGCCCGUUAACUCUGUUCAUCGCACUGAAGCUCAUCAGCUCACCAACGGUUUCCAAACGCCGACCGGCCGUCGACCGGCUCAGAGGACGUGGACACGCGACAGCGACAUCGACUCGGACGAGGAGAUCCGCAGGAUGGUGGCGACUCAGCAAACCUCCCAUGAUGCACUGCAGCAGGGGGCGGAGGACAUUCUGGAGGUGGUCGGACACGACUACCUGGUGAAGUCUGGACACAAAGGUGACAAAGACGACGACGACUACGAUUCCGCAGAUACAGACGAAAUCUUUGCAUCCAGAAAACCUCCUCAGCCUCAGGACAAGCCUCCUCAACCCACCACGGGAAACGGCACCGACAGAAAGAGGAAGAAGACAAGUAAAGCUGGAGAGGAAGAGGAGGACAGCUCAACAGAUGAUGAAGAACGUCUCACCUCCAAACAGCAGAGAGGAAACUCUGCUAAACAGAAACAGAAACCGUCGGUCGUACCUGUGACGAAGCUCCGCCUCCCAGAGUCGGACAGCGAUGAGGAGGAGGAUGAAGACGAGGAUGAAGACGAGGAGUCAGAACCAGCAGGUUCGUGUUCAGACUCUGAUUAUGAAGCCAUGUUUUCCAACGUCACCCACCUCGAGAUCUCCCUGGCUGAUCUGCAGAAACUGGCCGAAGACGCCGAGCAGACCUGCGAGACUCCACCUCCCAGAAUCCUCAGCGCCGAGCGGGAGACCAGCGCCCGACCCCCCAAGAAGGGAACAACGCCAGAGGAGAUCCUCGCCGCCAUCAUGCAGGACGACAGCAGCGACGACGAACGCGACAAAAAGAAGAAGAAGAAGAAAAGGAAAGGAGUCACGUCGACGCUGCUGCCGGCUUUCCUGGGAACGAAGGAGCUGAACGAGGAAUCAGACGAGAAGAGACAGAAAGGAGACGAAGACGAGGUUAAAGAGGAGAAACUGAACUCUGGAGCUGCUCAGAUGAACCACAGAGAAGCAGACGGCAAAACCAGCGAGGAAGAAGAAGAGGAGGAUGAGGAGGAUGAGGAGGACAUACCUGAGCCUAAAGCAUUAAAAAUGUCUUCAAGUAAAACUCCUGUAAAACCUGAGAUUGGUGCAACUGGCUCUUCAUCUAGCAGUGAUGAUGAGGAGGAGGAUGAAGAAGACAAAGCUGUUCAAUUAGAAGAAGAAGAGGUAGUGAAGAACACAACGGUUCCAAAGGUUUUGAAAAUGUCUUCAAGUAAAGCUCCUGUAAACCCUGAGAACGCUGGAACUUCAUCUAGCACUGAUGAUGAUGAAGACGAAGACGAAGAAGAGGAGGAGGAGGAGGAGGAUGAAGGAGAGGAUAAAGAGGGUUUAUCAAAGAUCAUAACUGCUCCUAAAGUUUUAGAAACGUCUCCUCCAGAGAAAGCCGAGACGGACUCUUCAUCCAGCAGCGAUGAUGAUGAUGAGGAGGAGGAGGAGGAGCAUGAGAAGGAGGAAGAGCAUCGUCCUGUCCGGGUGGUGUUGGCAGCCGAGGAGGAAGAGGAGCGUCAGAGGAAGGCCAACCUGAGGCGAUUGGCUGCCGUCCAGCAGAAACAGAAGGAAGCUGAAGAACACAAGAAGCUGAUCCAGGGCGCUCUGUCCAACCUGGACGCUCCGGCAGCAGCAGCAGGAGGGAAACACAUCGUCUUUGGCUCUGAUGAUGAGGAUGGGGAUGAAGAGGAGAAGCAGCAGCAGAGCGUCUCAGAGCUCACAGCAUCCAGGAAGAGUCUGUUCCAGGACGGCCAAUCAGAGGACGAGGACGAGGCAGCAGCGGCCAAUCAGGAGAAGGGGAAGCCGUCGGGUCAUCGGCUGUUCGGAGGCAGCGAGGACGAGGAGGACGAAGGUGACGAAGAGGAGGACGAGCGCCGGUUUGACAUCAGGCCUCAGUUUGAAGGUCGAGCCGGACAGAAGCUGAUGGAGCUGCAGUCUCGCUUCGGGACGGACGAGCGUUUCAGGAUGGACUCUCGCUUCCUGGAGGAGGACGAGGACGAGGAUUCAGAGACGAAGAAGAGCCUGGUGGAGGAGGAUGGAGCUCUGGAGGAGGAGAGGAAGAGGAACCUGUCCAUCCUGCACAGCGUCCUCGGCGUCACCGAACAAACCUCCAGCAGCAAGACGGCCGGCAAAGCCAAGAAGUUCAGAGACGUGUCGGCGCUUCACUACGACCCCAGCAGAGAGGAGCACGCUGCCUUCGAGACCAAAACUGACGAAGCCAAGAAGGAAAGCAAAGCGUCCCGGAGGAAGAAGAAGGAGGAGGCUCAGCAGCUCCCGGAGGUUUCCAAAGAGAUCUACUACGACGUCUCUGGAGACCUGAAGGCCGUGUUUGGACAGACGAAGGACGGCGGCGCUGAAGGAGAAGAGACGACCAACUGGGACCAGGAGGAGGAGGAAGAGGAGGAGGAGGAGGAGGAGGAGGAGGAGCAGAACCAAGAAGAGACCACUCCGCUGUCAUCGCUGAUCUCAGCUGAUCCCAACGCAGAGAAACAAGAUUCAUCUGGAUUUAAAUUCUCCUUCUUCGGAGACGACACAGAGACGCCGACAGCAGAGACAGCAGAAUACAAGGUGGAGCUGAUUCAGGCUCCAAAGGUGUCGUGGCAACAAGAUCCACGACUCGACGACAGCAGCUCCGAGGAGGAGGAUGAAGACCAACAGGAGGAGGAGGAAGAGCACAGCAGCUCCAUCGCUAAAACCACAACAGAGGAGACGCCUUCAAAGACGGAUUUAUUCUUCUUCCACCCCAAUGACAGCAGACUAACAGAGGGUCCCAGGUUGUUCUGCCGGCCGGCCCAGCUGGAGGAGCAGAGGGAGCAGUGGGAGGAGAGGAGGACCGAGCUCAGACAGGAGUACCGCAAGAAACACAAGGAUGCCCGAAGGAAGCUGACGUCCUCCCUGAGGAGCUGAGGAUUGUGGGAAAUGGAGUCUUUGUGCUUCAGUUGACUCACAGUUCUGGACUUUAAGGACCAGGAGGAAUCUUGUUUUGUUGUUUUUUGUUUCCUCAGACUGUAACAGCGAGCAGAGACCAGACCUCUGCUGAAAACACAGACAUGGAGUGAAGAUGAACAUCACUCAGACUAUCAGAUUUAUUUUUAGUAACCACUGAGAGAUAUUUUGAUGUCGGAGCUUCUUUUUUAAACAGCAGCUGGUUUCAAAAUGAACUGAAUCUCAGCUGCAGACGAACAAAGCUGUCCUUAAAAAACACGAGCAGGAAAAUCCAACGAGUGGAGAAAUGAGCUCAUUAAUUAAAACAUGAAAUAUUAACCGUCUGAA